CCCUGCUCGGGUGCCUCCCGCGGGGGCUGGGCCGGGCCGGGCCGUGCUUGCAGCCCCUCCCUGCCGCGGCCGGGCCCUUUUAAGGAGCUCCACCCCGGGCCGAGCCAGGGUGGAGCCGCAGGGCCCUUCACACCUCUCGCUCGGCCCGGCCCGGCCCAGCGCGGCUCGGCACGGCUCGGCUCGGCCGGUGAAGCGCGGCGGGGAGCAUGAUCGUGCCCGCGGAGGGGAUGAGCGCUGCGCACUCGCGGAGGAGCCCCCCCCGCGCCGCCUGGGCGGGCCAGGGGAAGGCGACGCCCGCCAUGAGCUCGUCGGCGCUGCUGGCUGAGGGCCCCCUCGACCCGCCGGUGCUGCUGGCCGACAUCAAGACGGAGCCCCCCGAGGAGCUGCUGGCCAGCGACUGCGGCCAGCCCCAGGCCGAGCCCGUCGAUCUCUCCCUCAACAAGUCCAAGGUGGCGGCAGCAGCAGCAGCCUCGGCCCCGCCACCGCCGCCCCCCACCUCGGUGCAGUCCUCCCCGUUGCUGGUGGCUCCCCCGCUCCCCGCUCCCGCCACCGUCUCCAUUUCGCCCUCCGGCCUCAGCUCCACCUCGGCCAUCCCGGCCGUCCUCUCGCCCGGCUCCAUCCUGGCCUCCACACAGGGCAGCGGCGGGCAGCAGAUCCUCCACGUCAUCCACACCAUCCCUUCCGUCAACCUGCCCAGCAAGAUGGGCAACCUCCAGACCAUCCCCGUGGUCGUCCAGUCCCUCCCUGUCGUCUACACCACCAUGCCCACCGACGGCGUCACCGCCAUCACCGUACCCCUCAUCGGGGGGGACGGCAAGAACGCUGGGUCCGCUUUUCUUUCCCGCCCCCCACCAGUGAAAAUUGACCCGGGCUCCAUGUACCCCAUGGCCAUGAGCAGCGACAGCGAGGACAGCGCCUCCGAGAGCGGCCCGGCCCCUUUCCAGGACCUCCAGAGAGAGCCGGCGGCGCGGGGGCAGCGAGCCGAUUCCCCCGACCUGAAGAAGAGGCGCAUCCACCAGUGCGACUUCGAAGGCUGCAAUAAGGUCUACACCAAAAGCUCCCACCUCAAAGCUCACCGGCGGAUACACACAGGCGAGAAGCCCUACAAAUGCACCUGGGAAGGCUGCACCUGGAAAUUUGCCCGCUCCGACGAGCUGACCCGGCACUUCCGCAAGCACACCGGCAUCAAGCCUUUCCGCUGCUUGGACUGUGACCGCAGCUUCUCCCGCUCCGACCACCUGGCCCUUCACCGCCGGCGGCACAUCAUGAUGUGAGGAGCCAAAAGUCCCUGGGGCACCUGGCUGGGAUGGCGGACGGCAGAAAAUGGGGGCACAUCCCCCCCCCCCCCCCCCCCCGCUUGCGGAGGGACUGUGGGAGCGGAGAGGCUGAGCUCUGCCUGCGGUGAGCAAACUGUGGCCGCUCCAGGAGCCCCACCAGCACAAGAUGUAAAAAGUUGGUUUCUGGACUGGUCCUCCUCCUCCCUUGCUCCCGUUCCUUGUUUUUCCUGGGCGUCUGCUCCCCACUCGCAAUGUCUGGAGGCUCCUCCUUGACUCUGCCCGGCAUUCACCUGACCUCCGGACCUGCGCGUCGGCCUCUUUAGCCUCUUGCCCGUCUCGUGCGCUCGCUGUCCCGGUCCCGUGGGCACAAUCCGGGAGCCACGGCAAAGGGCAGAGGCGGGGGGGGUGGGGCGGUGGGCUCUGCCAUUGCCCCCCGUGCAGUAGCUGUCGGCCUCUGCCCUCUCCGGAAAGCCGCUGCCUCUCCAUCCCCAGCCCACGGCGUGUCCCCAUCCCCACAGGAGAAGGGACCCUGGCACGUCAGCUCCCUCUGUGUCCCUCGGCAUGUGCUGGGCUUCACGGGAAGUGCCGGGAGCAGCAGGAGGGCCAGGAAGAGAAGAAAAAGGAAGAAGGGGGGGGGAACAACCCAACAGCAACCCAGAAACGAGACCACCACCACCACCACAAAAAAGGGAAACUUUGCGGAACGUUGAACUGUGAUUUUAUGGAGUUUUAAGGGGGGGUGGGAUGGGAUGGGGAGGGUGGGGGCCACUAGCUCCCGGGUUUUUUUUGAAGACUAUGGGACAAUUGAACCAUUUCUAAGUUAAAAAGGCAGACUGUGGCCACACGCUUUUCUUUUUAAUUGUAAUUAUUAUUUUUGUGGGGUGCCCGCCCCCCUCCUUGCCAAAUCCCCCAUGGUUGCUGUGGGCGCAGCCCCACUCCCAUCGUGGGAGGGUGGCAGGAUUCGGGGUUGGAGCCUCAGGGCUGUUGGGUGGUGGGAAGGCUGAUGGGGGGCUGUGACACCCCCCACCCCAACCAGUACCUGUGGGGCUGCUUGGGUGUGUGUGUGGGAGCUUCCCAAAAGCUCUCUUUGAACCCGUGCCUUUGGCUUGGGGGAUGCUGGGCAGCCUGGGGAGGGGGAACUGGUGUGGGGAGGCGGCAGAGACCCCUGGUCCCUGAUGGAAAAGCUGGAAAACUGCCCGGCGGGGUGUUGGUCGAUGAGCCAGCAGCGUGCCCGGGUGGCCAAGGGGGCCAACAGCAUCCUGGCUUGUAUCAGAGCUAAUGUGGCCAGCAGGACCAGGGCAGUGACCGUGCCCCUGUGCUCGGCUCUGGUGAGGCCGCACCUCGAGUGCUGGGUUCAGUUUUGGGCCCCUCACUGCCAGAAGGACGCUGAGGUGCUGGAGCGUGUCCAGAGAAGGGCAACGAAGUGGUGAGGGGUCUGGAACGCAAGUCUGAUGGGAGCGGCUGAGGGAACUGGGGGUGUUCAGCCUGGAGAAGAGGAGGCUGAGGGGAGACCUGAGCGCGCUCUACAACUCCCUGACAGGAGGGUGUGGCCAGGUGGGGUUGGUCUCUUCUCCCAAGGAACAAGCGAUUAAAUGGCCUCAAGUUGUGCCAGGGGAGGUUUAGAUUGGCUAUUACGAAAAAUUCCUUCACUUGCAAGGGUUAUCAAGCCCUGGAACAGGCUGCCCAGGGAAGCGGUGGAGUCACCAUCCCUGGAGGGAUUUAAAAGACAUGUCGAUGUGGUGUUUAGGGACAUGGUUUAGCGGUGGACUUGGCAGAGUUAGGUUAACGGUUGGACUUGAUGAUCUUAAAAGGUCUUUUCCAACCUAAACGGUUCUGUGAUGCUGUGCGUGUCCCCGUCCCGCCGUGUGUCCCCAAGCCGUGCUCGCCAGCUGAUUGAGCUUCUCCCAGGGCUGCACCCCCGCGUCCUUCCUUCACCCGGCACGGCCCGCACCCUCCUGGGAAGCACUGGCCUAACAAAGGCGAGAAACCCCACGGGAGGGGGGGCUGUGAAAACCCUUGGGGUUUGGGGGCUGCUCUGAUCCCCCGAGGCUUUGGGGUCGGCCCCCUGGGACCCCAGUGGCCGGGGGCUCCAUCUUGCCCCCUCCCGUUUUCCAAACACUACAGGAUGUGUGUGUGGGGUGCGUUUCUGUUUUCUAUUUUCUUGUUCAAAAAAAACCCAAACCAAAACAAAAAAACCCCAAACCCAACCGACAUGCAAUUUUAAACUCUUGAGCUGUGAUAUUUGUACAAAACUGUUUGACGGGG